CGCAACUCGCUCCGUCCGCUCAUUACUUCCUACGUUCCACUACGUCCUUGAUUCAUGGUUCGCGAUGACGAGCUGCAAGCAUGUAGCGAUGUAGUUUGUGACGCGUGUCUGUCACGAUCUGUCAUAGACUCGCGACCGCAAGAGACGGCAGGAUGUCGUUCGCCAGCCACACGGUCGUCAUUUGAGCAGGCGGCUUCCCCGAAGAAGCCGGUGAAGGUUUCCAUUUCCAGGCUCCAGCAUGGCUCAUCUGAACGGCGUGCUGAAGGCCGUGGAGACGCUGAACGCGCUACGGGAGUCGGACUCCCCAUUGGAUCCCGGGGCGAGGAAGGAGAAAGUAUCGUGCUGCGCGAUCAUUGUCGAAGGGAUAUGCUCGCCGACCGUCAGGCAGAACACCAAGUUCCCGCAGAUUCUCAGUGCCACCAUCGAGACGCUGCUGGCACUUUGUAACGAUGAGGAGUCCGACGUCAGAAUGGUCGCGGAUGAGUCUCUCAACAAAAUUAUAAGGGCGAUGGUUGACAGUAACAUUGUUAAGAUUCAAAUAGAAUUGUACAAUGAGAUAAAAAGAAACGGACCCGCGCGCAUCCUUAGGGCCGCACUCUGGAGAUUUGGCCUGCUGAGUCACAUGAUACGUCCUUCGAGGGGUAAAGCUUACGUGUCAAAUCUGAUCCCAUGUAUAGUGAUCAUCGCACAUCGUUCGGAGGACACUGUAAUUGAAACGUUAUCACAGUCAUUACCGUUAAUUUGUAAAGUAUUGGGACCGUUUAUGACAGACAAGGACGUGAAGAAUUUGUUGAAGGCAUUCUUUGAAAAUAUCUCCUCUCCUCAAGCAGUUUUUCGUAGGGCAGCAGCCAACAUGAUUCUAACAACAUGCAUAAAUUGCAGAAAGCCACAGUUCUUUUUAAAUUAUGUGUUGGAUUAUAUGUUAGAUCUAAUAACAUUGGGAAGAAACGCCGAGGAUCAUUCCGCUACUGUUAUAGGCGUCUUUGGAUGUUUGAGAAUGAUUUUACCUUACAUAUGUAAACCCUCGGAGAUCCAAGAUGUCGAGACACAACAGAUAGAUAGUCUAUUACACAUUUACGAAUUAUGUUUGCACUAUUCAAAAUGGCAUUCCGAUCAUAAUGUUAUAAACGCAGCUCUAGAGACCUUGGCGCAACUUCUAAAGAUGCCUCCAAAGCCUCUCGUGUCUGUUUUACUGUCAUUAGAGGGCAUAACACAAAGUAGGAUAAUAUCAAACCAAAAUACAUGCGCUCCCUCGCUGGGUCACUUGAGCAUUUCCAGCGCGAGUACCGUUCACGGUGUAAAUUCGGAUUCCAUUUUGAACUUGCACGAGCCUGACAUUCCGGAGAUUACUCCGAACGCAGAAUGGAUUGCAGAUACGCAGGAGAUGACAGUGACAGUCGCAUGUAAUCCACAACAAACACAGAACGAAUGUACGAGCGAGGUGACUCAGACGAAAGAGGAGACACUAGAGAAUUAUUGUCACUUAAAAAUUGAAACCACUGACAACGAGAUUGCGGAAGAAGGCAGUGAUGUCGGAAGUGAGAUGGAAAAAUCUGAGAGAGCGCCAUAUCCAAGUCUGCAGAGUGAACACUCGAGAGAAGAGGAUUACUCCGAGGAGAUUACUUUCUCAUGCGCUUCUCCUAAGAAAUCCUCCCUGGAGUUUGCGUUGUACGAAUCUGAUGUUGGAAAUUACACGGACGCGGAUAUGCCCGUCAAGUUUUGCUGUCGUUACCUGGUGUCAUCCUUUCUGUUGAUGGGCAAGCCUGGGCAAUUGAUAUCGGACAAGUUGUUUCGCGUUAGCGUAAAGUCUCUCGCCCUGACAUGCGUGGGUUACAUUCUCAAACUUUAUCCGCACUUGUUUACAAUGACCGUGGUCAAAGAGCCAAGCUGCAAUGAGACGGAUCAAUUGAUUGCAGACAUUUUGCUAUUUGCCAAUCACCCAGAUCCUCAGAUCAGGGGUAAUAUUGCGAUGGUGAUUGGAAUCUUUUUAAAAUCUAUAUUUGUUCAGUACGGCGGUUCUUUUCGCAACUUCAAAAUGGAGUGUCUAGCUCGGCACGGGCAUGGAAAUGUAUCAUUGGAGAACAUGAUAAAAUUACUUUUACAAGGCUUGAACGAUGAUUCCGCGACGACUUGCCGCCAAACAUUAGCUGCGUUGAAUCUCUGUUUGUCAGAUUUAUUGGAUUCCAUCGAUAACGAACAUGGUCUUACCAUCUUAACUGCGUUGCCAAAACUUAUGAAAAAUCCAUAUUUUCUCGUGAAAGUAAAAUUAGCCGACUUACUAAGCAGAUUGUCGUACAUUACAAUAGAACAUAUAACGGGACAAUCAUUAUUCCAAGAACACUUUAUCGAUGUUAUAAUAGCAUUGUUAGGCGAUCAAGACCAAAGGGUGAGACAUGCCGCGUCGGAUGCGAUUGUUAAGAGUAUUCCUUAUUUAUAUUUUCGACAUCCUCAAGAGGAUACCGUUACAAGGAAAGCCACCCAAUAUACUCGACAAUUUUUAAGCGCGGUAACAUCGUGUGUCUCGGAACUGUCGUCGUACCAAGAUAAGCAUAAGCCGUUCGUAAACACGUCCAUCAAGCCCUUUGUAUUUCUGAACCAUUACAACGGAACGAAUUAUGAUUCUAGUCUGGAAUACUCUUUGUCUCGUAUAGUUAACAUUCUAACAGAGAUACUGACGGUGCAUUCUUCAAAGUAUUUAAUAUACGGAUGUUGCGAGACUCUCUUCUAUUUGAGCGAGGCUUAUCCUACUACGAUUUACGUCAGAGGAUGGGAUUGCAUUCUACCAAAAACGUUGCUGAAGAAAUCCAAAAAGAACAGUGAUCGAUUGGAUAUCAAUGACAUCAGUUUCGUGAACGAGAUGAUUUCCUCUCCCGUAUGCAGCAGUCUUUUGUCAUUGGCGUUACCGCUGUUAACGACGUCGACUAUUAGCUUUGACUUAUCUACACAUCGACACUUGAUUCUCCUUGCCGGUAAUCUGGCUUCCGGAUUAGCCGUCUGCAAUUUCAGAAGUGGCGGUGACCCGAUGAAGCUUUGGAGUACGUGUAAGGACAAAUAUAUGGAAUCACUGUUGACACACAUCAUGCGAAUUCUCAAUAUCUUCGUCCACGUAAUCGACGAGGUGCAAUUAGUGCAGGCGAGUUCCAAGCCUGUAUUACCGUCUUUAUCCACGCAAACAUUAUCACCCAGGAAAAAAAUCAUGGAGCAAAAGUCGAAGGAAAAGGUAGAAAAGAUCAGUGGCUUGAAGGUUGGCGGAAAGGAACAAACGGGAACGUUUAUCGGCAAGCCGCACUACAUGAAGAUAUACGACAUUCUGAAGGCGGCGCAUUCCAAUUAUUCGGUUACCCUGCAGCACGAAGCCAGCGAGAUGUAUGUUUCUUUGCUGAACGCGACCCUGGACGUUCUCUCGCAGAUUCUUGAAAUCGCGUCUAUCAAUGAAGCAGGUAGAAUAGCGGAAGAAGUGUUAUGUUACCUAAAAACUACCGUCGUACUGUCACCAACGGCAACGGUUCAAUGUGUGCAGCAACUGCUCAAGUGCUUGUUCGGUACGAACGUCUGCGCGCAGUGGAGCGAGCUAGACGUGCAGAAGAAUGUGGAUCGAUGCGGCACGAUGCUGCAAGAUGAGAUCAAGGGUUUUUACAACCAGUGCUUUCAACAACCCGCCAGACAAAUGGCGAACACGAUCAAGUGCAUUGGGAAUAAUUGCAGGGGCGAAAAUGAGCCGGAUAACGGAUGGAUAGGAUUGUUGCGCAGAAAAAGCGAUCGUAAAUUUUCAUCGGUAUUUAAGACUUUAGCGCGAUCGUCAGACCAGAAAACAUCUGUCGCAUCCUUCAUUCGACUCUUCGAACCGAUGGUCAUAAAAUCUUUGAAGCAGUACACUGUCACAAGUAAUAUCGCGUUGCAAUGCCAAGUUCUAAUGCUACUAAGCCAACUGGUUCAAUUGAAGGUCAACUAUUGUUUGCUGGAUUCGGACAAAAUAUUCAUCGGAUUCGUGUUGAAACAGUUCGAAUUCAUCGAGGAAGGCCAUGUACAACAAACCGAAGAUCUAUUGCCAAAAAUGUUCAAUUUCUUGGUGCACCUAUCGUACGAGAAGAAUCACUCCAAGACAAUAAUAGGCAUACCGAAAAUAAUUCAAUUAUGCGACGGUCUGAUGGCGAGCGGACAGCCGGCGAUCUCACAUUGUAUACCCGCGCUCGCGCCUGUCAUCGAGGAUAUAUUUCUUAUUCGUAAUGGAAGUUCGAGUGUGGUCGAGCAGCGGGAGCUGGAAACAACGAGGGAUGUGCUGAUAGCCAUGUUAUUGCGUCUGGUGGAAUACUACGAGGUGGUCGAGCUUUUGGCGCUAUGUCUGGCCGAGUCUAGAUUCAGCGGGGAUGGCAAUGGUGAGGAAAAAUGGCGAAGGUGGUCCAGAUUGACGAUGGACACUGUGUUACCAAUCUUAGCCGCUGGGAAGCUCCGAAUAGAAUCUGAGAGAGCCCACGUCGCGUUGGUGAAAUUGUUCGCGGCGAUCUCGCCCACGGUCUUCCGGCCGGUGGAUCCGCUCUUAAAGAUUCUGUUCACUGCGUCGAUAUCUGCGACUGCUCCGAUUCUCAAACUGAAGCGCUGGUUAGGCAUGAUUAAUGUUGUACUGCUCUCGUUGAUUUCCUGCGCGAAGGAAGAGGCGAUGCUGGCACGUCUCUCGGAUCUCAACGCGUGCAUAUCAGACGUGUCGCAUCUGUGCUCGCCACUUCGGAGUUCCUCCUCCCGCGAAUAUGCGGAUGAUCCAUUGAACGCCUCAAGCAUUCAGUCGCGUCAAAUGUCGCCCGAGCAAGUAUUAGCCAGAUUUAUAUUCAAGGUGAUUAAUCUAGUGAGCACAAAGGUGUUCAGUCUGCUUGGCUUGAUAAAUCACAAAUCCGCAGAUCCCUUUGUCGAUUUCGCUGAUUACACAGCGGACGAUAACUACCUCAUUCAUCAGUUCGCGUUCUUCCUGCAACUAUGUAUACACAUGUUUGAGUCCGGCAGUCAUUGCAAGGUAGCGAAUGCGACGAUGCAGAUGAUUCAAGGACGCAACGUGUCCGACGAGGAGAAGUUGCUCAUCGACGAUUUGAAUUAUUUUAUGCUCAGUAUCGGGAACGUAUGCCCGACGGUGACGUGCCAAUGGGCGUAUCUGAUGAUCCUCUUGGGAUAUAACGAGAUGUCUUUCUGGUCAAGAGUGUUGGGCACUGGCAAAUCUGAUCACAUUCAAUCGAGCGAAGGGAGAACACGCGAUUGUGUUAACAGCAGUACAAACAUCCAGAUUAUUAGGAGAGGCGGUAUCAUAUUAUUCUGCGACUACAUAUGCGAGAAUCUCAACGACGUGGAACCGCUAACAUGGCUCUUGGUGAAUCAUAUAGAAGAGGCAGUAAACGUCGCUACCGAAUCACCAGUGAGAGAUCUUUUGACAACGGCGAUACACAGGAAUCCGGCGGCCAGCGGGCUAUUGGUGCAGGCCGUGGCAACUAAGUGCACGGAUUUAACACAGCCGAGUUUCAUAAAGCGUCUGCUGCAGUGCAUCGAGGGCGCGCAUCACUCGCAGAGUGGCGCGGUUAUAAUGACCCUGAUUCCAAGGCUGUUGUCCACCAAAUAUCUCGCUUUGUCAAGAAUGGCAGCGAAGAUCGCCAGCCGUCGGGUAGAGAUACUGUUGACCACCAGCGCGGAAGAUGUGAAGGAUCAAGUGUCGAAGGACGAUGUCAUGAAGAUUAUGGAUGUCCUGCAAAUCACUAAGCUAGCGAGAAAACACGGCGGCUUAGUCAGCUUGCUGAACAAGUUGGCUGUGCAAUAUUACGAUCUGUCACCACUAGAACUUGACCAGUGCAGACCAUUUAAUCCGUCCACCGUGAAGAGCGUUCAGUUGGACCGGAACUGGUUCCUCUCUCAGGUGAGAGUGCGUUGCUGCCACUCGAGUGCCGGCAACAAUCCCAUGGAAUUGGCGCAGUUAUUAAAGGACUUGGACUUCGACGAUUGCCUAAGUAUUCUGUCUUGUAAAGAGUUCAAUCUAAAGAUUCUGAAACACUGUGUGAUAUUAGGAGCCCGACUUACUAUCGAGAAGUGCCAAAAAUUGGAAUUCGGAAAAGCGCAGAGCGAGAAAGAUUUUGAUUUUAACGCUAGUCCCUUAUACGUCGCUGCCAAGCAGUGUUUGUUAGAACAUAUUCAUUAUAUCUGCGAGCUCGUACCGAAACCGCAUCAGAUCUACAAUCCGGAGGCGGAUAAUAGCAGCGGAAAAGAACUCAAGUACGCCACUAGAUUCUCCGAGUUGCUGAGUGACGCUCUGUAUUGGGAGAUCCUCUUCACGAUAAUCCCAACUGUCAAAAUUUACAUGAAAACGUUACCGAAAUUAGCCAAGUACAAUGUGGCGAAGAUCGACAUAAAAUUCGAGGAGGACAUCGCCAAGUUCUCUAUGCUAUGUCUCGAGUUGGCGCAUUGGAUGAUCUAUUCGGAUAGGAAGGGUGUCCGUAAGCUAAGGCCGCACGACAUGGAUCUCGCGUUGAGUUGCGCGGCCGAAAUCCUACGACACGCUGCUCCGAAUAAAAUUUUCGGUGAUAACGUGCGUCACACUUGGGUUUGUUCCGCAGCGAUCGCUCUGACGAAAGUCAUGGAGAGUGUUCUGACGACGGUGGAUCUUCUACCGACUGUGAGCUACCAAGCGUUGGAGCCAGCUCUCCAGGACGAGGACACGAAAGACUAUGCGCGGGCAUGCAUUCAAAUGGCAUCGAUAGUCGCUUGGCUCGAGAAGUGUCAGGCGGACGAUAGUACGAGGAAUAUUCCACCAUACCUAUUCAAUACGAUAAAAUCACUGGUCAUCAGCGUAAGUCGUCAGCCAUUGGUGAAUUCUUACGUCUUAACACCUCCGUUAGUAUGGAAACGCGGCUGUCACAUCAUUGGCUCGAGUCCUACCAAGUGUUACUUUCCGUUGAUGUCGUCCGAAUCCAAUCUUCUGCAGGAGAUAGACAUCCUGGAGCAGUUUAUCUAUCGGGUAAACUUAUUGGGUUGGACGUCUAGGUCUCAGUUUGAGGAGAUCUGGAUGGCGUUCCUGAGCGUUCUCAAUUUCCUGCAGAACGAAAACACGCCUGCGGACGAGAUUACGACUUUGAUUCAAGCAAGCAGUCUGGCGAUCCAGGCGAUAACGAGAUUACUACUGCAAACUCUAUUGCUACCGUGUCCCGGGAAUCCUGGUGCCAGCACUUUGAUUCACCAUCCAAGAGAUCCCCAGCUUUCCGUGUACAAGACCAGCUCCCAGAAGCUAUUUGCAAUACAGGAGCUGCUUCUGUGGAAGUACGAGUACAUGAAUGACGCGGAAAGUAAAAACGGUUUGAAAUUGGAUCACAUAUUCCAACGAGGCAACGUAGAGCGAACCGCGAUAUCCGACAAAUAUACAUACAGCCAAUUGUCGGUCUCUUACUUAUGGUCGUUGUGCAAUUUGUAUGAGGACAAGCUAAACGCUUCCGUUCUCGAUUUGAAGAAUAGGCGGAACGACGCCCUGAUGUCCGCCUCCCUCGAUCUAGACUCCUGCUUGCGCUUUCUGAUCGAGCAUUACACUAUCUGGACGAUACCGCAGGCUAAUACGCCUGUACAACUGUUAACAGAAAUCGUGAAGUCAAUCUUGGCGAUUUCGGAACUCUUCCUCGAGAGAUCGCAGUACCAGUGGAUGUUGGACGUAUGCCUGGAAGUCUCGAGAAUUCAUCCGACGGAAAAUGCGAUCUUGCAUCAGUACCUGACUGUCUCUGUGUGUAAAGCCGCCGCCGUUCUAACGCCUUUGGAUUUGGACACAUUGGAUAAGGUGAAGCGCAUAGUAGAUGUUAAUUUAAAGUCGGUAUUCCUGGCUUCCAGAGUAUCCGCGCUUCACGGCGUUCUGUACUUGCUACAGAGCGCGGUACUGGCCAAAUGCGAAGAGACAAUGAAUAUUAUACAUCCCCUGGCUAUUGAGUAUAUACAGAAACACAUUGACUCGCAGGAUUCAAAUAGCGUUCUAAGUCAGAGUGAAGAGCAUCAGGGAAUAAUGUGGGCUCUGGUGUUUUUCUUGUUGGAGCACGCGGAGGACACUCCGCCGGACACAGAAGCGCCGGCUGUGUUGGAAUUAGUCCUUUCUCUAGUCACAUCUCAGAAUAUCUCAUACGGUUUACAUCAAACAUUAUUGCAGGGUCUUGAGAGGCUCGUGGCGACAAAGAGCGUCGUCGGUAAGGUCGCCGAGCAGAUCGUUAAAGUCGCAAUAGAUCGAUUGAAACAACCUAGUCCCUUGUUCGCGUUACCGGCACUGCAACUUUUGCUGACGUGCAUGUACACAGAGGCGGCUGAUCGGCUGAAUCAGCCUGGUGUCGAGAAACCAUUGCCGGAUGUGGAGCCGGAGACGUUAGUCCGAUCCAUCGAACGCACCUCCGCAAUAUUCGACAAAAUUCGCAAAGGACAUUCCAUGGAAGUAGAAGUGCUGUGCACGGUUCUGUCGUGCCUCCUCGGAGAUUUUUUCCCGCCGUCGGAGAUUCUUACUAAAGUCAUAGGAGAAUUUCUGUCCCCGCAGCAACCACAUCCGAGAUUACUCUCCGCUGUUGUCUUUAAAGUCUGUGAAAAAGCAUGUACCUGCACGGAAAUGGAACUCCUUCAAGACUGGGUGGUCUUCAGUUUACCGAAUUUCAUUCAGAGCUUGCCGAUGGCGAUUUCGACUUGGUGCUUGUCCUGUUUCUUCAUAAGCGCAUCGACAAAUCAUUGGUUGAGAGCUUUAUUUCCGUAUGUUCAAUCGAGGAUAGGAAAGUACGAAUAUGAAGAUAAGAAAAUAUUAUGUAUAGCGGCUUCGGAUUUCUACCACAAACUAUCCAAAGAAUCUCAAAAGAAGGCAUUCGUCGAGACUUUCGAAGCUGCCGCGAAGGAACCUGGAACUCCAUUUAGUGAUAUUUUAGCCUCCUUUUAGAUAGACGUUGACCAUAGUGAGGAGAAAGAGAAAGAUCUUACAGAAUAUUAAACUCAGACUGUAAGAAAAAUCGAUGUACAAUCACUGGUGCGCUGGCGCGUUACGUCACACCUGUACAUUUGUAUGUAUGAUAUUUAUUUUACAUUAUGUCCCGUUAAAAGAGAGAUAUGCAACUUGUUUUGCAAUAAACAGUAUUUUUUAAACAAAAA